CAGAAUUUGAACGUAGAAGAAGAAGACAGCAGCGGAAGAAGAUGAUCCAGUUUCGUUUCCAAGUGACCUAUUUAGCUUCUCGUAUUAGCAUCAGUAAAUAAUCUUUACGUCCAACAAUGGGAUCGACCGCCCGUAAUGUUGUUCGGAGUUCGCAUCUUUUGGUGGCUGCUUUCUGAUUUUUAACCGAAGGAAAAAUCGAUACAACGCAAAUGAGCGUUGUUAGCUUAACGCGUAGCAAACUAGCCUAGCUGUUGUUAGAACUGACUGCCACUUUGAUUUUGCUCGGCUGGGUGCGGUUAAAAUGAGUCUUUAGCUGCGUUGUAAAUUCAUUUACGUUAGUCGGGCUAGCUGAUUAUCAACGGUACACAUUUAGCUAUCUUAGCUCAGCUGAGUUCACACUUGCAGCUCCUUUGGAUGUUAACUGUGUCAGAAAGUGACUCUUCAGCUCCAUGUCUGCUGAGGCUUCAGUUGGCAGUCAUGCUGCCGACUCAGCUCAGUCCGCUGUUUCCCAGCCUGCCUGCCACAACACUGAUGAGCACAGAAAUCAAGGUCUGCUGGGCAGCAAGUAUGUCAAGUUAAAUGUCGGGGGGUCGCUGCAUUACACAACCGUCCAGACAUUAAGCAAGGAAGACAGUCUGCUGCGAAGCAUAUGCAAUGGAGGAACAGAUGCCACAAUAGACUCAGAAGGCUGGGUGGUUCUGGAUAGGUGUGGCCGACAUUUUGGGUUGGUUUUGAACUUCCUGCGAGAUGGCUCAGUGCCACUUCCAGAAGAUCACAGAGAACUAGAUGAGGUUCUGAAAGAAGCCCAGUACUAUCGGGUCCAGGGACUUGUUCAGCACUGCCUCAGUGCCAUGCAGAAACAAAAGGAUGUCUUUGAAAGUGUAUGUCGCAUCCCCAUGAUCACUUCAGCCAAAGAAGAACAGAGGAUGAUUGCUACUUGUAGAAAGCCAGUAGUAAAGUUGCAGAACAACAGAGGUAACAACAAAUACUCUUACACCAGCAACUCUGAUGACAACCUGCUGAAGAACAUUGAACUGUUCGACAAACUUGUCCUACGAUUUAAUGGCCGCGUCCUGUUUGUGAAAGACGUGCUUGGGGACGAGAUCUGCUGUUGGUCUUUCUAUGGUGAAGGCCGCAAGAUCGCUGAAGUAUGCUGCACUUCCAUUGUCUAUGCUACAGAGAAGAAGCAGACCAAAGUUGAGUUUCCUGAAGCUCGAAUAUUUGAAGAAACCCUCAAUAUCCUCAUCUAUGAGAAUGGCAGAGGAUCUGGUCCAGGAAGCUUACACCUUUUAGACUCAAGAGGCUCAGGUUCAUCACUGGGAGCUGGUCAGUCAGAGGAGGAGGGUGCCGUGGGAGGAGACAGACGAGUACGACGGAUCCACGUCAGGAGGCAUAUAAUGCACGAUGAAAGAGGCCACGGUCAGCAAACUGUGUAUAAGGACUAAUGAUGUGAAAUCACGAGAUUUGAAAGAGUGAUUUCAUGUAUGUUCUUUUUUUGUUGAAUGCUACAGAAUGAAAGCGACAUCUUUGAUCAGAGCAAUAGCUUGAUAUUUAGUUAUUUGAUGAAAUGUCUUUCGACGUUGCGGAAAUGUUGGGGUUGGUGACUGAUGUGUAAUUGAGCGUGGAGUUGUUUAGAGGAAAAGAAAAUGCUUCUGUUUACAAGAAAACAAGUUGUAUACAUUUUGUAAAUAGGAAAUAUGUAAAAUUACCAGGGACUGAAAAACUGGCAUAAACAUUACUUUUCAGAUGUUAACGAACUUCCCAUAGCUUACUGAAUGGGCCCUGUUGCCCAUCUCCAAACCCAUUGGUGGAUUUUUUUUCUUAGGGCAGACAACGUACUGUUAAUGUGAGUGUUAAUAAUAUGCACUGGCAGCCUCCUCUGUGUUGGUAGGUAACACUGUCAGUUUAUUCAGGUUGUGAAACAUCUGUUGCCUUUUCUCAGUCAUCAAUGGAGGACAGUGAUGUUGAGCCUAGUUGUGUUAACACUGGAAUAAAACAGAAUAGCCAUUUUUAGUGAGGCUGUCUAUGAAUGAGGUUAUUGAGCAGCUCCAUUUUCUUUAUUUAAAUUAUUGCAGCUGUUGCUUUGAGAUUUUUUUUAAAUUAAUUUAUGAACCUAAUUUAUUGUUGCAUAUUUAACUUUUGUAUUGAAAUGAAAUCUCUGUGUUAACUAGUGCUCAGCUCGAGUUUUAAUUUCUGGAUCGAUAUAGUGCACUCUUUCGGCACAAAUCAGAUUUCGAAUUUACUCUUGUACAUUAAUAAGUAGUGAACUUACAUUUCAGUUUAAUGUUUCAAGAGGAACCAUGACCAUUUCUUUUUUGUUGCAUUCUAUUCUGAGCCAUGAUCUUUCACAUCUUUUGUCUUGUACCAAAUUACAAAAUUUUGCUCAAAUUAAUUGGCAUACAGUGCUGAUAAAUGUAAUAAAUACUGGGUUGUGUUUUUAUUUCCCUCAGGGAGAGGAUAAGUAUUUUCUUUCUAAUAUUCACAUGUGUAAACCUAAUCACUCUGAUUGCUGGUGAAAACAUUGAAUGAGAGCAAUAUAUGUCUUGGACCCUUUAGAAAAUAAACUGGGAAUUCUUCGAAAUAUGCACUAAUAAAACUUCCGUCCAGUAGUGGUCAUGAAAAUGUUCUGAAUAAAUGACUUAAAUGAAAUCCA